AUGUCGGAGGAAAUAUCUCUAUCCAUUUCUGAGACCAACAAGCUUCGCGCUCAGCUUGGUUUGAAGUUAAUAGAAGAGCCUGAGCUGCAGCAUGAGCCAUCUACAGAUAUCAAGUCAUCCAGUGAAUUGUCAAUUGUAGAGACUAACAAGUUGAGGCUAUCCCUUGGACUUAAGCCUAUUCCACUUCAAGAUACUGCUAGUAGUGAAGAUAUCGAAUCAGCGCCAGCUAUAAAAUCUGAUUCGCUGCAGGAUAAAAUUCGUAAACGUAUUGAAGAAGCUAAGGUAAAAGCAAUCAAGAAGAGGAAGCUACAGAGAGAUGCUGACUCUGUUUUCAGUAAUGAAGCUGAAUCUACUGACGACUGGUUGAACAAUCUUGGCAAGCUCAAGAAAACCUCUGUGGAACAAGAAAAACUGAAAAAGAGAAUUAAAGUGUCGUCUAAUCUUGAGGAAGAUAAUGAUCUUGAUGGAGCUACUGUAGAUUAUGAUGCCAAUGAGCUUGCCUUGCUAUCUAACAACGACAUCUUAACAUUUAAAGAUACGGAUGUUUUGGAAGAAGAUGAGAUUGAGGGAGAGCUUUCAAACGCCAUGUUGGAGAAGCGUAGAAAGUUGAAAUAUGAACUCAAGGAAAGGGAAAACGCUGAAAAUAUCAAGCAUCUCGGUAGGCAUCACAAACAGAUAGAUGAUAACAAUAGCAACAGUGAUGUGGAAGAUGGGAGCAAUGGCUCUCAAAAGGUAUUGGUACGCAAUAAAGUUUCGGGUAACCUCAUCAAUGUUAAUAAUAGGAAAGUCCCCAAGGCUACUCUGGCCGAGGAGAAAAAACUUCAACUUGUAGACUUGUUCAAUGAUAUAGGUAGCGAAGUGGCUACUGAAGAUUAUGCUAAACCAAAACAGACCAAGAUGAAGAAGAUCAAGAAAAGGGGACCUUCAUCAAGCAGAUCUAAAUCAAUAGAGCCCUUGGAUAUUAAAGUGGUACAGUUGGAUCAAGAGCAAGCUGAUGAAGAAUAUGUGGAUUCUGAGUUGCAAGAAUUAUUAUCUCGGAAAAGGAAGCUCAAACAAAGAGAGUCUCGCAAAAACUUGACUUCGGAAGAAAUGGCGAAGGAGAUAUCUAUAUAUGAGAGGUUGGAGAAAGAAAGGGAGCUAGAAAGCAUUCAUACUGUACCGGAGGGUUUAGUAUUUGAUGAUGUGAGUGAAUUUUUCGAUAAAUUGGGCAAUGCCACAGAGAAUGGAGAUGAACCGGCUAACAAUGGAAAUGAUAGAGCUGAUGACACUGAAGCAAUCGAUAGUGAAGAUGUGGCUAAAUAUAUUGAUAUCACUAAAGAAGAAAAAGGGAGAGAAGAAGGUCAGCAAGAAGAAGCUGAAUCUAACGAUGUGUCUACUAUUAAUGAAGAUGAAGAAUCAGCUCCCAAAUUCAAUGGUCUAGGCUCAACUUUGAAAUUUUUACAGUCGCAGAAUAUUGUCCAGAAGUCAACCCAGGAAGACCAAACUCGAGCAAGAGAAUUGCGAGAGGCUCAAAGAGAAGCAGAGAUCUUGAAAUUCAACAUUUCUGUUGAAGAAAGAGUGCUUAGGGACGAGUUGGCACAAGACAAGCAAUUCAUGAAUACAUCCAAGGUUGAAAGAGAAGAGCUAUUUCAGCUUUAUCUCGAUCAGAGGCUCCGAGAAAAGAGAAUUUUACCUGAGAUAUCCAAUGCCAGUGGUAAGUACUCAAGGUAUCGCCAAGCUGGUACAACUCCUACGGCCGUUAAUAAGCUUAAGAACUACAACCCGCAAGUUAAACUUACUUACAGAGAUGAUGACGGCAAUGAACUUAGUACUAAGCAAGCAUACAAGGUGCUUUCACACCAAUUCCAUGGUGUUGGGCCAAGUAAUAGUAAGCUGGCGAAGAAAAAUGUCGCUUCCAAUUCCAAAAAUCAGAUCAUACACUAG